CAUGAAAUUCCCAGUAACUUUUCUUCAACUAUUUUUGGGUGUGCUCACUUCGCGACAAUUUUCUAUCACUUUAGCAAGUCAUGUUAUAGACGUUCAAAGUUGCGCGACUUACGUACGAGUCUGACUAUUGUAGAGCAAUAGACUAUUCUCAUGCCAAGAACAUAUCUCAACUCGCCUCCUCAGUUAUAAUAUUAUUAUUGUAAUACUACUCAACAUUUCUGACCAAGUACAACUAUCUACAAAAUUAUCUCUUUAGGUUUAAAGCUUUCUGCUUUGUCAAAUGAUAAUAAUAAUAAUAAACUUUCUGUCCAUAAAGUGACCAUGCAGGGCAUGCUCACAAGAGACAAGUCAGGAGAAAACAUAGAAGGCAAAAAACCAGCAGCGGACAUCACAGCGCCAAAAAAGUCAAAAAUAUCUACUCACCAGUGCACUGUCACAUUCAAAGAAUUCGUUAAAUACCGUACUGUCAUGAGACCUAUACAGACAUUGCCCUUACCUGGUAAUGUUAUAUCAAAACUCUUGACUGGUGGCUUUCUCUUCUGUGAAGAUGUUUUCGAGGAAGAUGGUAAAAAAAUAAAAUUGGAAGCCAGAGAGCGUCUGAACAAUUUGCCAGCAGAAGUGGUGAGGAAAUUGGAAUCAAUACAGGAAUGCCCAAAAAUGAUAACAGCGUUGGAUUUGUAUAAUGAAGAAAUAAAAUCAGAGCAGAUAGUAACAUUCAGUCAGUCGGUGGAUAAACUUCUAGAUGGAGGAAUCACAUUGGGCGAAGUGACCGAAUUGAGCGGAGCCUCCGGAAGCGGCAAAACACAACUUUGCAACAUUGCAAUUUGUGAAAGAGAUAGUGCCAUCUGCUUUGUUAAACGAUAG